AUGUUAGGUGCUAAUAUUACAGGCAACCUACCGCUAGCUACUAAAAUUUCUUUAGCUUUUUUAAUGUCAUUGAUAGCUUUUGCUACAAUGCUAGGUAAUGCUUUGGUCAUUUUAGCUUUUGUGGUGGACAAAAACCUUAGACAUCGAAGUAAUUAUUUUUUCCUUAAUUUGGCCAUUUCUGACUUCUUUGUGGAUUUGACCCCCUGCCUGGAAUCUAAAAUGUGCUCGGUAGCUUCCCUGGGUUAA